GUGGAGUCUCAGCAAUACUCCACGCCCUCAGGGAAGAUUUCCUAUUGAUACACGCUCGGCGUAUCAGCAGGAAGAUCAUCAGCAAAUGCCAGUUAUGCAAGAUUUUCAUCAGCAAGGCAGCGCAGCUUCCCACACCGGCACUACCAUCAUUUCGGAUCGAGAGGAGUCGACCAUUCCGCCACACGUUGGCCGGCUUCUGUGGUCCUUUCCGUUACAAACGAGAUUCAGCCGAAGUCGGAAAAGCAUAUAUAUUGAUCUUCACCUGCGCCGCAUCAAGAGCAGUCUACCUGGAACUCACGACAGACUUGUCUACAGCAGAGGUGUUCGGCGCCCUUCAGAAAUUCGUAAACAGAUUCCCCUCCGUUCGAUUCUUACUCAGCGACAAUGGAGCUUCCUUCGUCAGGGCAGCAAAGGAAUUGAAGCUUAUUUACGAACAUAUCAAGGAAGGAGACAUCAAGAGAUGGCUAGCAAAUUCCUUCAUCGAAUGGAAAUUCGCCACUCCCGCAGCACCUUGGACACAGGGGGCAGUUGAGCGCAUG